UCUUGAUACAACAUCUAUCAACAUUUAUCUGAUGGAGAAUGGUUUAGAGUGCGGAAGAAAGGAGACGUUGAAAUCGCAUAGAAUAGUAUUAAUUGAAUUCAUCAAUAAUGACGAAUGCUUACUAAUUAUUAGAGAAACUAAAGAGACACACGAACUAGUGGCUACCGUAUGGGAGUUAUUCACGUGCAGACCUGACAGAACUAUUGGAAAAAUUAAUUUACCAAAAAAAUUCUUUUAUAAAAGACCAACUCUUUAUGGCAUUAGAUGGGCUGGCAAUACGGCAAUCUUUGUCACCAACGAAGGUGAAUUAAAAUCAGUCCUCGACCCCUUUGAACCGGAAGAGGAGAAAAUCAGUGAUACACCAAUUGUGGCCGACAAAAAAUUAGAGUAUUCAAAUGUAUAUGAGUUAAAUGGAAAUACACAUCACCUUCCAGAGUCCAAAUUUGAACAGCUGAUAAUACGUAGGAUAGAACCAUGGAUAUCAGAUGGUAACAAUAUAAUAGGUUUAUGGCUAGAUGGAAAUGAGGAGAAAA